AGCGCGGCGAGGCGAGGCGGGCGCAUGCGCGGGAGGGAGGAUGAAGGAGAGCGAGGGGCUGCGGCAGCGCCGACUCCAGCAGUCGCGGGUUGUGGCGGACGAGUCCCGGGAUGUGGACACCAAGCAUGUCAGUGCGUACAGUGGGAAGGUGUUCCGGAUAACCCUGACAACUCUUGUUGUGACUCUCGUGGUUCCAUUACUGACGGCAGCGCUGCUGCUGCAGUCGCCGAUAAACCCCCAACCUUUCAGUUAUAAGGAGCCUCCCUUGCUGGUUGGUCCUUUGGAAGCAAAUGAUAAGUUAAGGCAGGCUGAACGCUUGUGGGAAGGACAGCUUUUGGGACCAGAAUCUAUUGCACACCUUGGAGAUGUGAUAUUCACUGGAACAGCUGAUGGCCAGAUUCUGAAAAUCAGUGAUGGAAAUAUACACACCGUGGCAAGGAUUGGCAAAUUGCCUUGUGGGACAAGAGAAGAUGAACCAACCUGUGGAAGGCCAUUGGGCCUGCGGGUAGGCCCCAACGGCACUCUCUUCGUGGCAGAUGCUUACUAUGGGCUGUUUGAAGUUAAUCCAGUCACAGGUGAAGUGAAGAUGUUGGUCUCUGCCCAGGAGGUUAUCCAGGGGAAAAGGAUGGCAUUUGUGAAUGACCUCAGCAUCACGCAGAAUGGCAGAAAGAUCUACUUCACGGACUCCAGCAGCAAGUGGCAGAGACGGGACCACAAAUACCUGGUGAUAGAGGGCACAGCGGAUGGGCGAUUGAUGGAAUACGACACCGUAACUAAACAAGUGGAGGUUCUCAUGGAUGACCUGAGGUUUGCAAACGGAGUGCAGCUCUCCCCUGCCGAGGAUUACGUACUCGUUGCUGAGACCACCCUGGCCAGAAUCAGAAGGUACCAUAUCUCUGGACUGAGAAAAGGUGGACAUGAUAUGUUCUUUGACAAUCUUCCUGGUCUCCCUGAUAAUAUCCGACCAAGUAGUUCCGGGGGCUAUUGGGUUGGCAUGGCAACACUACGACAGAAUCCUGGCUUUUCAGCAUUGGAUUUCCUCGCUCCUCGCCCUUGGCUUAAGAAUUUGAUCUUCAAGUUGUUCAGUCAGGAGAUGGCCAUGAAAUUUGUACCCAAGUAUGGGCUUGUACUGGAGCUGAACGAGGAUGGAUCGGUCAGGAGGAGCUUCCAUGAUCCUCACGGAGUAGUGGUCUCUGCGGUUAGUGAAGCUAGUGAACAUGGCGGCUACCUGUACCUGGGCUCCUACUCCUCCCCUGCCCUCUGUAUACUCAACCUCAAUCAGCUUUGAUGUUGUGGCACCGACCAAAAGAUGCAUUGUUGUGACAGUCAUUGUGUACCAUCCGCCCAACCAGCAUAUCUGAAAGGGAACCUGUUUUGAAGAAUGUAAAAUGCGAAUAAAUGUUUAAUAUUUAAUUCUUAUUUUGUCUGUCGAAGAUCAGGUGUCCUUUGACCAAUUGUCGAAGCAGAUGAAGAAGAUGGGAUUUAACUAACGAUUCAGAAGUGUUAUUUUAGUCUUCAAGAGUAGGCGUCAUCAUACAAGCCCUUUGUGUGAAUUUACCCAGAGUUAUAGAGCCUGUAAACAGGCCCUUCGGCCCAGCUCCUCCAUGCUGACCAAGAUGCCCCAUCUAAGUUAGUCCCAUUUAGUUUUAGAAAUGCAGCAUGGAGCAGGCUCUGCAGUGCAUCAAGUCCACGCCGAUCAUCUGUUCAGACUGUUUCCAUAGUACCUACAAACCCGCACGUCUUUGGGAUGUGGGAGGAAACCCACAGUCACAGGAAAAACGUGCAAACUCCACACAGACAGCACCAGAGAUCAGUAUCAAAACUGGGUCUCUGGCACUGUGAGGCAGCAGCUCGACCAGUUGCACCACUGUACCACCCCAUUUGGCUCAAACCCCUCUUUGUAGCUGAGGAGGCUGUUAUUGGGAGAUGUCCUGUCCGUUAAGCUUCUGGUAUUUUGCGUCUCAUUGCAUCGUCACCUCGAGAUCAUCAAAUACAAUAUGUUCUCUUCCACCAUUGUACCUCUCCCCGGCCUCAAAUUGUGGAACGGACUCUCCAAAAAGUUGCCUCAUUCAGCUCUCCGUCUCAUUAACAAAUGUUGCGAUGCUGAUCCAGCUUGUUUUCUCCUUGUCUUUUAAAAUGCCGGCCAGUAGGUGUUGAUGUAGGAGAAGUGAAGAGUGUUUAAAUGUCAAUUAGCUAGGAUACUGUCUGAUUCACCUCUACCCCAUUGCGGACAUUGGACCUUGUCUCUGGAACAGAUGCGCUACAAUGCUGAGAACUAUAUUCUACAUUCUGUAUCUUCCCCUUUGCUCCACCUGUUGUACUUCAGUUUAAACGGAUUGUUUGUAUGUAUGGUAUAACUGAUCUGAUGGGAUAGCAUGUAAAACAAAGCUUUUCACUGCACCUCGGUACACGUGACAAUAAUAAACUUGAACCUAAUGGGACGAAGAUC